UUCACUAAAAACUUCUCUGAUCGACGCGCCGGGCCGCCGCUCCUCCCCGUUAACAAUAAAGAAGAAAGUUUCCUCCUCUGACUUUUGACUCUCUUCAUGUAGCGAUACUUAGCAGGAACACUUGGCCGGUAUAAAGGUAAUAUCUUUCACACACGAAGAAGAAGUUAGAACAUGAAAGCAUUCAACUGGUAGAAAAGUCUGGAAACAUUUCUGCUGAUCGUGCGGCAUCAUGAAGCCACUGGUGCGCUUCAGCGUCUUUCUGCUGCUCCUACACGCUGUCCUCAAGAUCUCUGAAGCAAACUGUAACAGUAGUCUAUGUGCUGAAAAUCAAAUGGAAACAUUAACAACAACAACAGUCAGGUUUGACUCAGACCCAAACUGUAACUUAUCCAUUGGGAAUGACAUUACUGGGCAAGGUUUGAUAACUGGUUUGACUCCUGGAACAGUCUAUAGAGUCUUCCUCAGCUGUUUUAACUGCUGCAAAGAGGUCACAACAAAGCCCGAAGCUGUCAGAAACCUUCAUGUCACUAAUGUGACAACCAACUCCUUGACUGUUACCUGGACUGAACCUGAGGGAAAGAGCUCCCUCUACAGAGUGAACUGGACUAAUAGUCAAGUCAACACAGCAGAAACCUCCCAAACCAUCAAGGGUCUUACUGCUGGAGUCCUGUACUGUGUAUUUGUCACUGCAGUGGCCGAUGAUAACCGUACUGAAGGACAGAAUAGCACUGUAUGUCGGUACACACUACCUGAAGUAGUAGAGAACCUCACUGUAGUCUACACCACAACCUCCUCCAUAUCUCUUGAGUGGACUAAACCAAAGGGAGAGAGCUCCUUCUAUAGAGUACAGUGGACUGAUGGAACAACUAACAACAACAAGGAUGUCACUGAAACAAGAAUAAAUGUCACUGAGCUGACUGCUGGAGUGCGUUAUAAUUUUACUGUCAUAGCAGUGGCUGGAGAUAACACAACAGAGAGUGAAAUGGCUGAGACUUUUCACUAUACCAAGCCCAACGUCAUCCAGAAUCUCAAUGUCACUGAACUCACAACAUCCUCAAUGUAUGUGACCUGGUCUAAACCUGAGGGAGGGAGCUCCUUCUAUAGAGUACAGUGGACUAAUGAAGGGAAGGAUGAGACUUUAAAUGUGACAGAAACACAUAUUAACAUUACUAACCUGACUGCUGGUGUCCAGUAUGAAAUAAGUGUUAUUGCAGUAGCAGAGGAUCAUAUUACUGAAGGAAACAGUACCAUGGUUUCUCAUUACACAAUACCUGAAGUAGUAGAGAACCUCACUGUAGUCUACACCACAACCUCCUCCAUAUCUCUUGAGUGGACUAAACCAAAGGGAGAGAGCUCCUUCUAUAGAGUACAGUGGACUGAUGGAACAACUAACAACAACAAGGAUGUCACUGAAACAAGAAUAAAUGUCACUGAGCUGACUGCUGGAGUGCGUUAUAAUUUUACUGUCAUAGCAGUGGCUGGAGAUAACACAACAGAGAGUGAAAUGGCUGAGACUUUUCACUAUACCAAGCCCAACGUCAUCCAGAAUCUCAAUGUCACUGAACUCACAACAUCCUCAAUGUAUGUGACCUGGUCUAAACCUGAGGGAGGGAGCUCCUUCUAUAGAGUACAGUGGACUAAUGAAGGGAAGGAUGAGACUUUAAAUGUGACAGAAACACAUAUUAACAUUACUAACCUGACUGCUGGUGUCCAGUAUGAAAUAAGUGUUAUUGCAGUAGCAGAGGAUCAUAUUACUGAAGGAAACAGUACCAUGGUUUUUCAUUACACAAUACCUGAAGUAGUAGAGAACCUCACUGUAGUCUACACCACAACCUCCUCCAUAUCUCUUGAGUGGACUAAACCAAAGGGAGAGAGCUCCUUCUAUAGAGUACAGUGGACUGAUGGAACAACUAACAACAACAAGAAUGUCACUGAAACAAGAAUAAAUGUCACUGAGCUGACUGCUGGAGUGCGUUAUAAUUUUACUGUCAUAGCAGUGGCUGGAGAUAACACAACAGAGAGUGAAAUGGCUGAGACUUUUCACUAUACCAUACCUGAAGUAGUAGAGAACCUCACUGUAGUCUACACCACAACCUCCUCCAUAUCUCUUGAGUGGACUAAACCAAAGGGAGAGAGCUCCUUCUAUAGAGUACAGUGGACUGAUGGAACAACUAACAACAACAAGGAUGUCACUGAAACAAGAAUAAAUGUCACUGAGCUGACUGCUGGAGUGCGUUAUAAUUUUACUGUCAUAGCAGUGGCUGGAGAUAACACAACAGAGAGUGAAAUGGCUGAGACUUUUCACUAUACCAAGCCCAACGUCAUCCAGAAUCUCAAUGUCACUGAACUCACAACAUCCUCAAUGUAUGUGACCUGGUCUAAACCUGAGGGAGGGAGCUCCUUCUAUAGAGUACAGUGGACUAAUGAAGGGAAGGAUGAGACUUUAAAUGUGACAGAAACACAUAUUAACAUUACUAACCUGACUGCUGGUGUCCAGUAUGAAAUAAGUGUUAUUGCAGUAGCAGAGGAUCAUAUUACUGAAGGAAACAGUACCAUGGUUUUUCAUUACACAAUACCUGAAGUAGUAGAGAACCUCACUGUAGUCUACACCACAACCUCCUCCAUAUCUCUUGAGUGGACUAAACCAAAGGGAGAGAGAUCCUUCUAUAGAGUACAGUGGACUGAUGGAACAACUAACAACAACAAGGAUGUCACUGAAACAAGAAUAAAUGUCACUGAGCUGACUGCUGGAGUGCGUUAUAAUUUUACUGUCAUAGCAGUGGCUGGAGAUAACACAACAGAGAGUGAAAUGGCUGAGACUUUUCACUAUACCAAGCCCAACGUCAUCCAGAAUCUCAAUGUCACUGAACUCACAACAUCCUCAAUGUAUGUGACCUGGUCUAAACCUGAGGGAGGGAGCUCCUUCUAUAGAGUACAGUGGACUAAUGAAGGGAAGGAUGAGACUUUAAAUGUGACAGAAACACAUAUUAACAUUACUAACCUGACUGCUGGUGUCCAGUAUGAAAUAAGUGUUAUUGCAGUAGCAGAGGAUCAUAUUACUGAAGGAAACAGUACCAUGGUUUUUCAUUACACAAUACCUGAAGUAGUAGAGAACCUCACUGUAGUCUACACCACAACCUCCUCCAUAUCUCUUGAGUGGACUAAACCAAAGGGAGAGAGAUCCUUCUAUAGAGUACAGUGGACUGAUGGAACAACUAACAACAACAAGGAUGUCACUGAAACAAGAAUAAAUGUCACUGAGCUGACUGCUGGAGUGCGUUAUAAUUUUACUGUCAUAGCAGUGGCUGGAGAUAACACAACAGAGAGUGAAAUGGCUGAGACUUUUCACUAUACCAAGCCCAACGUCAUCCAGAAUCUCAAUGUCACUGAACUCACAACAUCCUCAAUGUAUGUGACCUGGUCUAAACCUGAGGGAGGGAGCUCCUUCUAUAGAGUACAGUGGACUAAUGAAGGGAAGGAUGAGACUUUAAAUGUGACAGAAACACAUAUUAACAUUACUAACCUGACUGCUGGUGUCCAGUAUGAAAUAAGUGCCACUGAGCUGACUGCUGGAGUGCGUUAUAAUUUUACUGUCAUAGCAGUGGCUGGAGAUAACACAACAGAGAGUGAAAUGGCUGAGACUUUUCACUAUACCAAACCCGGUAAAAUUGAGAGCCAUGUUGAGUCUACAACCAUCUCCUCCAUUUACCUGAACUGGACACAACCUCCUGGUGAGGUGUUCAAGUACAGAGUAGAAUGGCAUAAUGGGGGGACAGUGAAGUCCGACUACACAAGCUCUACCGAUCUCGAGGUACCAGACCUGAUCCCUGGCACUUCCUACAUGAUCCAAAUCAUGGCUGUGAAUGGAGCUAAUGAAACAGGAGAGCCUUACACAUUCACUUCAGUCACAAAACCUGCUGCGGUCAGGCAUCUCGCCAUCAAAGGAAUCACAUCAUCAUCUGUGACUCUGAGCUGGACUGAACCAGAGGGCAACGCUACCUCAUACAUAGUGAGAUGGACUGAAGGAGAAAACAGCAAAGACAGCACCACCACUAACACUUCCUUUACCAUCAGUGACUUAACCCCUGGAUCUCAGUACAACAUUACAGUGGUUGCUGUUGCUGUAAAUCUCUCAAACACAGGAGAGGAAAUAUCUGAAUCUACCUUUACACGGCCUGUUAAGCCUGUGGACAUUACUGUGGAACCACGAGGGACUGACAGCCUUAACAUCAGCUGGACUUUGCCUGGAGGGAGGGUUGAUUACUAUGUGGUGACCAUCUCAAAUGAUGAACUGAUGUAUGCUAACGAAAGUAAAACAACAGAAGCCACCUUCCUCUUCACUGGUUUACAUCCCGGGAGAAUCUUUAACGUCACGGUGACCGCUGUCGCUGGAAACUUCAACGAGACAUCUGACCAGUCUUCAUUUGCCACUUACCCCACGCCUCCUGGUUCCAUCUUCAUCAGUCACAGGACAAACUCAUCGCUCUCUGUUGGUUGGGCAACUCCAGCUUUGAUGGAGAAUGCUCCAAAAAUCAGCUACCAUAUCACCUACUACUCAUCUAAGAACGAUGUAUUACAGAAUAAUAGCACCACAAACAAAAUAGAGUUGUCCCAGCUCUCAUCGGGAACUCGCUACAAUAUAUCAGUACAAACAGUUGGACCCGAACGUUUAAUGAGCUCAGAAGUUGUUUCUUCUACUCUCACCUUGCCCAACCCUGUGCUGAACCUUAAAUCCAGCACUAAAUCCACCACCUCUGUAGAAGUGACAUGGUCACCACCGCAGGGAGUCCAGGACUAUUACCGAUACUUGGUUCAAACUGUCAGUCCUACAGGAACUAACAAAACAGUCAUAACUAACAGCGCUGAAUUAUCAAAGCUGGAGCCAGGAACUAAAUACAACAUCAGUGUCAGAACGAUAGCAGCGCAAGGAAUCGAAUCAGUGGAUGAAUUUACAUUCAGUUACACAAGACCCACAGCAGUGCCCAACAUCACUGUUGAGAAUGUGACCACAACAAGCGUCCAGCUGUCGUGGCUCAGGCAGAGUGACCAUAAACCGUCCUACUCCUACCUGGUGAUGGCACUGAAGGACACCAUGCUGGUUCACAAUGAUUCCACCGAUAAAGAGACAUACACCUUCUCUCAUCUGUACCCUGGACGUUUUUACACUUUUAAAGUGGUCACUGUGGUAGACGGGGUCAAGUCAUCAGAGAGAAACACAUCCAGUUACACAAAGCCUGCGGUGGUGUCUGACAUCUUUAUCAAGGGAAGCACAACCAGCCUGUCAGUGAGUUGGUCACAAGCACACGGUCAGGUGGACUCAUACACAGCCCUGCUGCACAGAGACGAGGUGCCGGUGGGAAACAGCACAGAUCUUAGUAACACAACUGUAAACAAACUGUUUGAGGACCUGAAACCAGGAGUGCUGUACUGUGUGGAGGUGGUCACCAAAAGUGGUCCCUUUCAGAGUAAAAGUGAAAAAGUUUGCAACGCAACCUUUCCUAACCCUCCUGGUGCCAUCAUGGUCGAGUCUCAGACUGUGGACUCUAUCAACUUCACCUGGUCUCUACCCGCGAACAUGGACCACAUGCAGUAUAACUUCCGUGUGUCCACCAAAAACGACUCCUUUCUGGUUGGAAACAACUCGUUCCUGCUAAUAAAUCUUCAGUCUGGUAGUCCUUACAGUAUCUCUGUUGUUACUGUUGGUGUGUGGAACUAUGAGAGCUCAGCAGUGACGGCACAAAACUACACCAACCCACAUCCAGUGACUGUGCGAGGAGAUGAGACAGUAAUCACCACAAACACAGUGACUUUGUUCUGGGAACAGCCGGAGAGAAAAUCUCACUACUCAUAUGUGGUGGAGGUCUCCAGUGGUGCUCCACCUCAAACAGUCAGCAACACCACAAUAACGAUCAUUGGUCUCUCCUCUGGGAGCAACUACAGCUUCACUGUGACUACACAGACAGCAGAUGGCACUCAGGCAGCUCCUGUGACUGUGUCCUACUUCACAAGGCCGUAUGGUGUCAGACAGUUGUGGGCUGAAGGCUUAAACACCACUGCUGUACGUCUGUUUUGGAAUGGACCUCUGGAAUACAAACCAGAAUAUACAUACCGGGUUGAGACUGCACGCUGUGACACCCACAAAAACAAAACCCUCACAGGGAACGACACGCAGAUCUCCGAGCUCACCCCUGGGACCGAAUGCACCUUCUGUGUUGUCGUCAGGGCAGCGGACGGCAUCGAAGGAGAAGCAAAUUGCACCCUUCAGUACACAAAGCCUGAGAUAGUGUGGCCCAUGAUCUCCAGUCAGGGCUCCAACAGUUCAGUCCUGGUGUCGUGGACCGAACCUCCUGGGAGAGUGGAGCGUUUUGAGGUUAAACUGAACGGCACUUUCGGGGCUGAAAAGGAGCGACUGCUGAACUCCAGUGAUACAUUCUUUCUGUUUGAGGGCCUGUCUGCUGGAAGGAUUUACUCUGCCAUGGUAAUCUCAUUGAGUGGACCCUUCAAGGAACCAUCUGGAUUUGUUACUAAUGCAACUUUCCCUAACCCUCCUGGGCUGAUUAAGGUCCUGAAAAAGACAACCAGCUCCCUUCACAUCAAGUGGGAGGAAGCGCCUUUGAUGACUGGUGCAUCAUUCUCCUACCAGCUGUCUAACAUAUCAACACAGGGAGGGGAGCACAUCUCUACCACCAACACCAAUCUUACUUUUCCCUCCCUGCAGUCUGGGACCCCAUACAAUAUCUCAGUGGCAACAGUGGGGGUUAUGGGUUUUCAGAGUGAGGUGGUUCAGAUCCACAUGGUCACCACAAGACCUUUCAAGGUGAAUUCUCUUAAAGCUUGUGAGGACGAGAAGAUCAUCACAGCCACAUGGGUCAAUCCUGCCCAAUACAAGGAAAGCUAUCGUUUCCAUCUGACUCUGGUCAGCUCAGCUGGGAACUCAAAUUACAACACUACGGAUAACAAAUUUAACUUCACCAAUUUGGUUCCUGGGAGCCCCUACAACUUUAGUGUCAUUACAGAGACUUUUGAUGGAACGCAGAGUGAUCCAACAUGGAAUUCCACCUGCACAAAGGCGAGCCCUGUGACAGACUUAGAGUGUUUGGGUCCAAACCGACCAAACGCAGAAGUCGUCCUGAACUGGACCUGUCCCUCUGGUCUUUACUCUGGAUUCCGGGUGUCCGUAAACAAUACUGAGUCAACAAGCCCACAAUGUAAUCACACUGUGUCCAACCUUCGUCACCACACUCAGUACAGCGUGGAUGUGGUGACUAAGAGCUGUGGGCGACCCAGCAGCCCACAGUUUGUUCCCUGUUGGACCGGAAUCACAGACCCCCCACCUCACAAGAACGAUCUGGUGAAAGUUAAGGACAUAGUACACUAUAUGUUCUCCCUUCAGAUUAAUUCCAGCCUGCUAAAUAACACCAAUGGGCCUAUAACACAUGUUGGGGUGCUAGUGACUGCUGACAAUCUUGACACCUCUAAUUUUAGAAUUUACUUGGGGAAAACUUACACUGAGUGGAAGACCGGGAAUAUACAAGCAUACCUGGCAACAGUUAAAGAGACAAACUUCCUGAGCCGUAGCGGGGAGAGCCAAAUUAACAUAGCAGUUGGAGAUGAUACCAAAUGGAAAGGCUACACUAACAGUGCUCUGCAGGCCAAUGGAAAUUACAAAUAUGCUAUCGUGUUGUUCACCAAUCUACAGCUGGAAGGACAGUUUGUGAACGGUACACUGUCACUGGUUUCAGCAACACAAUUUUCUAAGAACAUCUAUCUUCCAACAAGCCCAGCCGUGAUUGGCCUCGCUACCGGCGCAACGUUGGGCAUUUUUUUCAUUCUCUUCAUCGUCCUCACCGGCUUCAUUAUCUACUGGAAAAGGAUAUCGAAAAAAGAAACACCAGACAUCCAGAUUCAUUCCAUGAGAGCCAAAUCCUUGUCUGACCUCUGGUGUCUCAGUGCGGCUGUGAGGGUGGAGGACUUUGAGGCUUACUACAAGAAACAGACGGCAGACUCUAACUGUGGCUUUGCAGAGGAGUUUGAGGAUCUGAAAGCUGUUGGUACAGGACAGUCCAAAACAACCGCCCUGACUCUUGAGAACAAGCCAAAGAACCGCUACAACAAUGUGCUCCCCUAUGACUCCUCUAGGGUGAAACUCUCUAUUAUCCAUGGGAGUCCAUAUGAGGACUACAUCAAUGCUAACUACAUGCCGGGUUACAACUCCAGGAAGGAGUACAUUGCAGCUCAGGGUCCUCUGCCGCACACAGUCAACGAGUUCUGGAGGAUGAUCUGGGAGAAGAACGUACAGACUUUGGUCAUGCUGACACGCUGCAAUGAACAGGGACGAGUAAAAUGUGAGCAGUACUGGGAACAUGGUACCAAGCACUAUGAAAACAUCAUUGUGACAGAAACUUCUAAAAUACCCCUUAAAGACUGGACCAUCAGGGACUUUAGGGUUAAAAAUGUGAAGACUGCAGAGACCCGCUCGUUGCGUCACUUCCACUUAACAGCCUGGCCGGAUCACGGGGUGCCAGAGACCACCGAGCUGCUGAUCAGCUUCAGACAUUUGAUCAGAGAGCACAUGGACCAGUACUCCAGACACUCUCCUGCUGUGGUCCACUGCAGUGCUGGUGUUGGUAGAACUGGUACAUUCAUAGCCAUUGACCAUCUGAUCUUCCAGAUUGAGAGGGAAAAUAUGGUUGACGUGUUUGGCAUUGUGCAUGACCUGCGCAUGCACAGGCCCCUCAUGGUUCAGACAGAGGACCAGUACGUGUUCUUACACCAGUGUGCCAUAGACAUCAUCAGAUCGAGAACUGGAACCAAUGUGGAUCUUAUCUACCAAAACACAGCUGCACUCUCUAUUUACGAGAAUGUGGAACCAAAGAAAAACGGGUACUAUAAUGCAUAAGUCUGAGAAACUUCUUUGGUCUUCAUCUUCCUUAGCAAGAGUGCGAGCGGACAUUUGUAAAGAAAUCGAAUGAAAAAAGAAAAGCUUUCAUGGUUUAAAUCUCUAUUUUGUGGUAUUUAUUUGUUAAAAUGAUCGAGUGUUUUAUUAAUGAAGUAACUGUGUUUAGUGAAAACAUAAUCACUGACCACAUUGGAUUUUAUGUAAACUUUUUCCCUUGUUCUGACUUUUUACUACUGUAAAUGUGCUAUUGAUGAUUGUUGUCACUCAGGUAAUAUGUCAGAUGCUGUAUAGGUAUUAUUACAGGCACUUUAGAUGAAAUAAUAUGGCCUUGUAUGAAAGGAAGAUUAAGUCUUUGAAUGGGUGCCUUCUCAAAACCUGUAUGCUUUGUCACCACUAGGGGGCACUCUGAGUUUUAAAGUGAAAAAAGACAGAAAGCUGUCUUUAUCUUACUUCAGGAACCUUACCGUUAUGUUUCUUAAUAUAACAUUUUCUUCUGAUGUUUGUACCAAUGAUCCAGACACUGUUUUGUGCACCUUUUAAGCCAAUUUGAACUGUGCAAUGCUUUUUAAUGAAGGACUUCUGUUGUUUGUAAUACAAAGUGUUUGUAUUUGUCUGUAUAUGCACUGUAGCAAAUGAUGCGCUGGAUGCAUUUAUCUUCCUACACUUUCCACUUUUUUAGAUUCUAGAGAUGUAUUUUUUAUAAGGAUUGUUUAUUUUAAUUUGGCCUGUGCUUUGUGAAACUUAGGAGCAUUUUGCUUUUCAACACAACAUUUGAAUGUAACAAUUGUACUGUGAUUAUGUUUUUCAGAAUAAAGAGAUGGUUCACAUUUAACAGGAACUCAGGAAGUAAUCCUAUGAAAAUUUGUAUUUUAAAAAACAACAACUCCAGUGCGUGUGUACUUUAAGCAGUCAGAGGCAAUGUUCGUUAUUUGUAUUUUGAUAAUUUCCCUUUUCAUCUACACCGGUGGUUCUCAACUGGUGGGUCGGGACCCAAAAAAGUCAAAAAGUCUUUGAAGCUUUUUGCAAAUGUGUUUGUUUUGUUCAGUUUCUUGCAUCUGUCACAUGUUUUGCACCUUCUGAGAUCCAAAAUCCACAAUUUUCCAUCAAACAAAUCUGAUCGGUUUAAACAUUUCAGAAAUUUGGGUCGGUUUUCAAAUGUAGGUGUUGCUGGUGGGUCCUGAGGCUAUCAAGUUGAGAACCACUGAUCUACACUGUACAUUCCACAAAGAAACAAAGUCAUGUCACUUGAUGCUGCAUAUUUAUGUCCAUAUAUGGACAUUUCCUGUGAUGUUAAACUCUCCAGAGGAGCUUGAGCUUUAUUUUCAGCUUCCAAAGGGCAGAAGUUUCCAUGAGGCAGGUACAUCUAAGUUCAUGGAUGUGUCUGGUCUGCCUGUACCGUAUAGCUAACAAGUCUGUCUUUAAUUUAUAUUGAAUCAUAAUGAAUACAGUCCCCCUGCAGGUCAAAACAAAACAAUAUUUUACAAAACACUACAACAUUUCACUGAGCAUGACAACAUUUCACAAUACGCAAUGAAAAAAUCUCACACGUAGUGUUUUGUGAAAGCUUUGGUGUUCUAUGAAUUGAUGUAGUCUUUGGUGAAAUGUAGUGUUUUGAGAAAUGUGUUGACCUUCAGGGAGAUGUAAAAAUGUUUUAGUGCUUGAAAACAAGAAUGACCGAUAGUCACAACAUUUCUGAUAGUCAAAAUGUUUUUAUUCUGCUGGUACAAUGCAAAAACACAAAAAGAGCAAUGAUUGAAUAGUUUGAUACCUGUAUGUCUGUAUGUAAUAGUAUUAAAAUGCUAAUAAACUUAAACUCCAAA